CCCACCCCCGCCCUGGUGAUUGACGUACCUUGGAUACUAGCAACAGUUGGUUGGUUGCUUGGUUGGAGGGCUUUAGUCCGAAGCAUGUUUUCCAUCCAAAAAACCCAACGGAUGCUUUCGAUCCCAUCUACAAGGGAAGCUUAGCUCGCUUUUCCGCCAUGAAGGCAUCCAGUGCCAAAGCAAGCAAGCAUUCAGUGCUGCCUCCCAUCAUCCCCGAGAAUGAGAAGAAAUUCCUGGAGAGCAUCCAGAGUUACAUAAUUUCGGAAAUUGAGAAAGUGGGCUGUACUGAGCAAGGGCCAGCUGAGGAGUAUUACGUUAUAUACAGAAAUGUGUUUGAAAUGAUCAUAGAGCACGUCAACACAUACAAGAACAUCCUGACCACGAUCAAGCAGGAAUACGAUGCCUUUAUAGAAACACUGAAGAAGGGCCAACAGAACGCUUUCCACCUUCAUGGGAAAUUAAAAAUGUUAGCGUGUGAAGCUACCACUCUUAUGUAUUACAAGAAGAGAAUUAGCGAGCUGGAAGAGAAAAUAAAAAAGAUUGAGAAGAAUUCUUCAAGAAUUGAGAACUUGAUCUGUAAAAUGAGAUCUUUAAGGGACACAUUUUCACCAAAACAAAUUAAACCCCCAGCCAAGAAAAUCAACCCAGCUCAGCUGAUUCCAGGCCUCAACUUCAAAGAUUCUUUCGACAUUGAUGUUCUUUCGAACCAUCUCGCUCGUCUGCAAAGGAGAGUGAAGGAACUGAGAGAAGACAUGCUGACAAAAUACAUCCCUCUGGAGAACACAGCCGCAGUGGAGGUGAAACUGAACCGGGCACUGCAGCUGAGAAAUGCGGCUGAAAAGGAGAACGAACAUCUAAAGUUUUGCUUUUAUCGGUUGACGCAGUUUGCAAAUGUUGUGUCUAUGUGGGAAAAUUCAGACAGGAACAUUGAAACCCUGCAUCAGCUUGUCCAUCAAAUGAUAGAAAAUGAGAAACUUGCAAAAGGCACAAUUGUCUCCAGCAUUUCAAGUGUAUUCGAACGUGACCCUGCCAAAAGCCAAGAGGCGGAAGAUCUCAUUGAAUACAUCGAAAGGUUCAAUGAACUAUUUUCCCGGGGACAGUAUGAAGCCGCAGCAAUAUACGCAGCAAACUGUCCGAGAAGAAUGCUCUGCAAUGAAGAAACCAUGGAGAAAUUUAGGGCUGUUGGCCGUGUGAAGGGGAAGACCCUUCCUCUGCUCAUGUACUGCGAAGCUCUCAUAAACGCCAGCAUCGCUUCUAAGAACCCUCUUCCUGCAGACUUGACAACAGAAGUCAUCAAAUGUGCUUUGGCUGAGAAACGGUUGGAUUUGGUGAUGCACUGGUUGACCAUGCACAAGCUGGAAUUAUCUGAGGCGGCCGGCGAUGCAAUUUACGAUUAUGCAGACGUGGAUAAGCAUAACACAUCCCAGUACUUUGCUUUGGCUCAGAUUGCCUACAGCGCGUGCAAGGUACACAAGAAAGCAGUCCUAUGCUUGUGCAGACAGGGACAGAUCUUUGGAGCCAUGGAUUACCUUCAUCAGUUCCAUCGCCUACCCACAGAGGACUAUAUCUUCCUGCUGAAGCAUUGUCCUGGGGCAGAACUCAUCAGCUGCCUGACUCAAGAGUGGAGAGGGAAGCCGGCCCUUUUGUCCCUUGGGGAGACAAUCCUCUCGCUUAUCCACACAGAGUACAGCAUCUACUGCAUACAGUUGUUGGAGGAGAUUACCAAGGAAGGCAAAGACGUGUUAGCUCAAAUGAUUGUAACGGACCGAGUCUGCACCGUGGAGGACUGGAAUGAGAUUGCUGAAAUGUGCCUUCAGAACAAGAAGGAAAAAUUAUUCAAUAUUAUAAUCUCCAUCCUUGCAGACGUGGAAGGAGUGGUGAAAAUUCCCGCUGACGAUACAGAUGAUGCCAAGUUAAUGGAGCACGUUUUCUUGUAAUUCCCCAGCAAAGCACAAGGUGACGCCCUUUGCCCUGGAAGCAACUUCAACCUAUGACUGGUCCUUUCAUUGAAAGAAAUUAACGUGUUUAAUAAGUGUGUGCGUGCUGUUAUAUGACAGUAAUUUCCAUCCAUGCAUUAUGUAGUACACUUAAAACCCUCAACUAAUUAAGCAUUAAUAUUUGGUUACAGAUAUAAAAGAGCUGUUUUUGUUUACAAUCUUACUAAAACACCCUUUAUUUUCAUUUUG